AUGGACUCGGACAACUCUUCGGACGAGCUUGUAGUGAGCAAUCCUCAUGGUAAGCGUUUAUUUACUUUGUUUAUUUUGAUUUUAGACAAACGCAGUAUAAUAUUGACAAUAUUUGUUUGUUAAUUUUGAAGUUUUAAAAAUACAGACAAACUGAUGUUGUUUUAGAUAUUCAAGAGGAAGUUUUGCAUUUCUUGAUCUACUUGCAUAGAAUUAUCCAAGAAAAGCAAGUUGACGAAGUCUAUGAGUUGUACAAGCACUUCUUUGGUGAUCAAUCUGACCGUUUCUUUGCUGAACGUACUUGGCCCGAUGCUAAGAAGCUGGAUGAUACGAACAACUUUGGUAAGUCGAGUCCUAUCGGUUUUUUUUUACCUUUGGGUAGAUGUUAGUAUUUCUACAGUUGAAGAAGACAUUAUUCUUAAUAUUCAAAAUUAAAUUUAGUAGUUUUUGGUAUUUUUUAAUUAAUUUUAAGCUUAUGUUGUUUUAGAUCACCUCUUCAUUGUUCUGUACAAAGAACUGUACUACCGUGACUUGUAUCAACGUUCUCGUCGCGGACCAUCUCUUCAACAUCGUUAUGAGAGCUAUUUGAACUACCAAGAGUUGUUUUCUGAGCUAUUGUGCGGCAAAGAUCAACCAACUGAUAUUAUUUUACCUAAUGUUUGGUUGUGGAAUAUUAUUGAUGAAUUUGUCUAUCAAUUUCAAGCUUUCUGCUUGUAUCGUACUAACCCAACAAAGAGGACUGCUGACGACAAUGAAGAGAUGUCUGAGUUUGAGGAGUUGGAGAAUGUGUGGAACAUUUAUCCGGUCUUGAACAUCUUGUACUCGUUGUUAGACAAGUCUCAAGUGAAUGAGCAGCUGAAGGCUAUUAGGGAAGGACGUAAGUUUUUUGUUGACAGAGAGUUAAUCAUUUUGUUUUUUGAAGGUAAAAUACGUUUAUUGGAUGUAUAUAGAUAUAAACUUCAUAUAGUAAAAAGCUUAGGUUUUUUCUAUAUGGAAAUGUGUUUUGAAUAAAAUGUUAAUUUAAAUAAUUUUAGGUAACCCCGACGACGUUGCUGAUGAAUUCGGACGUUCUCCAUUGUACUUCAAGCUCGGAUACUUUGCUUUGAUUGGACUGUUGAGAAUGCACGUUCUUUUGGGUGAUUAUCAUCAGGCUUUGAGGACUGUUGAGAACUUGGAGUUUGAUCCAAAGGUACAUAUAACAUUAUGUUUUUUAGCUUAAUCUUAUUAUUUUAAUAAAACAAGUUAAUUUUGUUUAAAAAAUAUAAUUUUAGGGUCUGUACAACGCGGUUCCAUCAUGCUACGUGACUCUUCAUUACUUUGUCGGCUUCUCGCAUAUGAUGAUGAGGAACUAUGGUGAAGCCACCAAAAUCUUUGUCAACUGCUUGUUGUACAUUCAACGUACACAAAACUUGCAGCCACAAAACCAGCAACAGAAUGCUAAGAAGCCAACUAAAUACGAUGUGGUAGGUGUGGGGAUAGGAACUUUUAGGGCUGAAUUUUUGAGGCGAGGACUUUCCGGGCGGGUAAUAUAUUACAUUUCUAAAUGACUAAAGUAAUAUUUUACAGAUUGCCAAGACUCAUGAACAACUUUACUAUUUGUUGGCCAUCUGCCUGUGUCUUCAACCUCAACGUAUCGACGAAGCCAUUCAAACUCAAUUGAUGGAUCGUCUUGGUGAACGAGUGUUGAGAAUGUCUAAUGGGUGGGUUAAUACACUGUUUUAGUUUUGGAGGUGUUGGAAGAGGUAAAACUUGGGCUUUUGUGUUCAAGUUUUAUUUUCCUAUUUAAAAAUAUUUAAAUUUCAGUGAAAUCGACGAAUUCCGCACGUGUUUUAUGCAAGGAGCUCCAAAAACCUUGUCUCCCACAACCACCGUAUACGACGGAUCUAACGUCGCUUCGGAGCCAUUGAUCAGACAAUGUAAUGUGUUCCUGGAAGGUAUCGAAUCCCAAGUAUGUUUGCCGGUCUUGAGAGGCUACUUGAAGCUCUACACUUCUCUACCGGUCGCAAAAUUGGCUUCAUUCAUGGACAUUGGAGAGAAUGAGUUGGACACUUUUGUCGGGAAAUUAUUGACUUUCAAGGUGAGUAUGAGGAGUAUAGAAGGUUAAAAUAAAGCGUUUGAGGGGAUUUUUGAAAUAAAUUUUUUUUGUGAGAUAAAAAUUUCAAAAAAUUUUUAAAAAAUAUCAAAGGUCAAGUUUUCUAUACGUAUAUUACAACAAUAAUACCAAUAUUCAUUACAGCUGAUCGUAAACGAACUAGGCAAAGACACCAGAGACCGUGCCGAGCAGAAAGACAACGAUGAUGACGAUACUAUCCUGGAUCUGGACUUUUUCGUGGACAACGAAAUGAUAGUUGUCGCCGAAUCCAAGGUCGAUCGCCGUAUCACCGAACACUACAUAAAGUACAUUUUGAAGUUGAGAGAUGUGAAAAAAAAUUGUCGAUGACAUCCCUGCCGUCGCUUAAUUAUUCCUAAACGUAAUUGUUGAAAUUUGUUCUUUUAAUGGUUGUUUCGGUCAAUAAAUAAAUGGUUAUUUGAAGUUUUGAAGUUUUUUUUAAUAUUGAAUUUUAGCAAACACAAGAUUUUUUAAAUCUUUUGAAACAAUGUAAGAUAUUUUUGAAUUUUCUAAAGAAUUUCAUCUAUGAAAAUCAGAUAAGGACUGAUAAACUAAAUAUUAAAUCUCGGACCUUAUGUUAGAGAUAUUAUACUUUAUUGCUCUAACUUUAUAUUUUCUUUAUCCUAUAAUAUAAUUUUGACAAAAUCUACUAAAACAUGCUCAAAACCUAUCUAUUUUUAUUAUUAUUUUGUGUAGUAAAAGCCGCUGAUUACAAACUUCUGACAAAAGAAAGUGUUGAUUAUAUUGUCAAGGGCUCGGAUUACAGUUGGCCAUUAGAAAUUAUGAACAAAAUGAGCGAAAAGUUGUGAGCUUUGAACAUUAAAUCUUUAAUAUUAGGUUGUUCAUAUUAUUCUCUGUCCUCUCAAAGCAUUUUAAAAAAAAUUAUUAGGUGAACAACCUGAUAUGACCACUGUUUAAUUGUUGACAUUAUUAUAGAAGAACUUGUAGAGUUGACUAUAUCAAGUAUGGCAAACUGUAGAUAACAAGAAGGCCUACUAUAAUGUAGAAAAACUUUUAAAAAAAAUGUUAUUAAUAAAUUCAUUUUAGUCACGCAUCCCGUCUGUCAGACUACGAUCGUGUAGUGGAAUGUAUCAUCAAUUCGACAAACACUCGUAUUUUACAAAACUAUCGAGUUUAUGGUAAUUUUGAAACAGCAAGAACGUUGAAAGCAUUAGACAGUAGUGCUUUUGAAUGUUUGAGUAGUUCAGCUACUAAGGAAUUGAUUUUGAUUAGAAAUUUGGCAAAACCAUUGGUUAGUUACCUAUUGGCAGAUGAUUCGAAGGGUAGUCAUACUCAACAGAUACGGCAGAGCUUGGAGACGUGCAAAAUAAGGUAGGGUGGGUAGAGCAAGGCAUCAAAAAGCCAAGAUGUUUAAACUUUAAGGUAGAGCAUAUAUAGGUUAUAAUAUAAGUUAAGGUAUAAUAAGGGAGUACAAGUUAGGGUAAAGCUUUCAACGCGACUCCUUUGUAAGGCAAUUGGCUAAAAAAUUCUUAACAAAUGACCGUUUUAGUCAUAAGUACCAAACCACAUGCCCACCAGCUACAGUAACUGAUGGCUUGACAUCUCUGUUUAUACUACUUGAUUUAUCUGCCAAAUACAAUGUUUAUGAUUCAAACUACAAAAUGCAAUGUAAUUCAGAUGUCCUCAGCUAUGUUAAUCCGAAAGUCUAUGAAAAGUCGUUUGUAUGGGGAAAGGAUAAUAUCACUAAUACAAAUAAACUUUGUUAG